AACGCAGUGGCAUCGUGAACAUUUGUUUUAGAGGUGUUAAACCUUAAGAAUAUUGUGCCAAAGCAGAGAAAAACAUGAACUACUCAAGGUAUAUUAACUCGCUUUCCGCAGCGAGAAAAUCCAGUCCUAUAAGAGAAAUGACUAACUUACUCACCCAAGGAUCUCCAGAUCUGGUUUUUUUGGCUGGUGGACUUCCCAACCCAAAUACAUUUCCUUUUCAGAGUGCCUCAAUCAAAUUAAGAGAUGGUAGUAAUAUACAACUUGAAGGAAAAACAAUUAAUGAUGCAUUGCAAUAUGGACCAACUCAAGGGUAUGGCCCAUUGUUAUCACAGCUGAAAGAAAUGCAACAAAAGCUCCACAGUCCACCUUGUUGGGCAGAUACUGAAGUGGUUAUUACAAGUGGAAGCCAGGAUGGCCUGUGUAAAGCUUUUGAGAUGAUGUUGAAUGUGAAUGACCAUGUUAUUAUCCAAGAACCUGUUUAUGCAGGAACACUUGCAAUUGUCAAUCCUUUCAAACCAAAAUACAUCCCGGUACAAUGCGACGCUAAUGGAUUGAUUCCUGAUCUACUGAGGAAAUGCUUGGAAACCAACUGGAAAUCAGAAGACGCUCAGUCUCCUACAUCUGAUAUCCCCAAAGUGUUGUAUGUCAAUCCUGCAGGAGCCAAUCCAACGGGAGUUUCUAUUCCUUUGGAUCGACGACAAGAGAUAUACCAGAUUGCCAAAGAUUACGAUCUAAUUAUCUUGGAAGAUGAUCCCUAUUAUUUUCUACAGUUUGAUAAGAAGCGGACUCCAAGUUUUCUCUCGAUCGACACCGAUGGUCGUGUCGUUCGAUUUGAUUCACUGUCCAAAGUACUGAGUUCCGGAAUUCGCCUGGGCUACGUCACAGGUCCUCGUCCACUCAUGGAACGAAUUUUGUACCACAUGCAGGUGUCAGUUAUUCAUGCGUCAUCUAUGUCUCAGGUUCUAGUCUCAGAACUGCUAAAACAGUGGGGAGUGGAAGGUUUCAUGGGACACGUUGAUCGCGUUCAGAAUUUUUAUCUUCAGCAACGUGAAGUAAUGCUCAAAGCGGCGGAAACUCAUUUGACAGGACUUGCUGAAUGGAACGUUCCACAAGGUGGGAUGUUUCUUUGGAUCAAAUGCUUGGGAAUCAGUGACACACGACCGAUGAUUAUGGAACGAGCCCUGAAAAAAGAUGUGAUUUUACUACCUGGCCGAGAAUUCAUGACGGAUCCAUCUCAGCCGUGUCCCUACAUGAGGGCGUCGUUUUCUCUGCCAACUCCAGAAAACAUUGAUCGAGGAUUCCGUAAUUUGUCUGAACUAAUACGCGAAGAAAUUGAACUGACAAAGAAGAAUUGAUCAAGAAUCUUGAUAUUCCCCGAGUUAAUACUUCAAAUAAAUCACUCAUAAUACUGUAUCUACAGUGAUACCUAUAAAUGAUGUUUCUAGAAAUAUCAUUUUGGUUGAGGAACAAGUAGAAAAGAGCAACUUUAAUUUAGUGGAAAAUACAAAUCACUCAUUUAUGCAA